GCAAGCAACAUGAAAAGGCUGAUACCCGUGCUUCUUCUCGGGAUUAUAUGUUCUGGAACACAGGGUUACAGCUAUUACCAGAAUUAUGGCUAUGGACCUUAUCAGUACAAUUACAAUUACAAUUAUGGACCUUAUGACAGGGGCAAUAAUAAUUAUCCAUCUUAUCAAGUGGCAUACUCUAAUCCAAAUGGGCCCUCUUAUUCGUAUGGAAUGAAUCCUGAUGGAAGUUACUAUGAAUAUAUCAACGGUAGGCCUGUCAAUGGGAUGACAUCAGUGGCACCAAAUAAUUAUCCCCGAUCAAGACCGCGAAAUAAUGAACAUCCACCCCAAGCAGCGCCACCAGGUUCUUCAAAGAACUCCCCACCUUUUGACCGAAAUGCACCUAGAGUAGUAGGAAAUAUGCCAUUAUCAAUGACCACUACCACUACACCAGAACCAACACGUUCAACAGCAGGAAGCAGCAACACAGCUUCAACUAUAAUAAUAACGACGGCAAAAGAAGGUGGUUCAUCAACCGUAAUUUCCACGAUUGGUUCUAGUGCAGGUGCUUCCACGAUGAAUGGCUCCGGCUCAUCAGGAGGAGGAAGUUCCGGAUCUUCAAGCUUAUCAGCAGGUGUUUCAACGACCCCUACAUCCUCUUCAUCGGCUACUGCAGGAGGUCCUUCAAUGUUGACUUCGAGCACUUCUGACGCAUCUACGCCUGUUUCCACUCCAGCUUCAUCUGACGAGAAUAAUGAAGAUUUGUCACCGCUGCAAUCUGCACCAGUUCCGCAAUCUGCUCCAGUACCAUACAAUGCAGGAGGCUCCACACCAAGUGGAGGCACAUCGGGAACAGCUGGUACUGGAAGUGCAGGCACUGCUGUGUCAGAAGGAGCUCCAAGCGGUGGCACGACACCCAGUGGUGGAACGGCGGGAACGGGAAGCACUGGCAGCGGAGGCACAACCUCUAGUGGUGCCACAACUGGUACUGGAACUGCAGGUAGUGAGGGUACAACAUCAAGCGGAGCGACAGCCGGUUCGACAGGUACUGGAACAACAUCGAGUGGUGGAACUGCAGGAACUGGAACCACGGGUACAGGUGGAACAUCGGGAUCUGGAGAAACAGGAACUACUGGCACUGGAGGCACCAUGUCUAGUGGUGGAUCCACUGGAACUGGAACAACGAGUAGUGGUGGAACGGCGGGAUCUACAGGAACUGGAACCACAGGUAGUGGAGGAACAACUGGCACGGGGGGCUCCACACCAAGUGGAGGCACAUCGGGAACUGCUGGUACAGGAAGUGCAGGCACUGCUGUGUCACAAGGAGCUCCAAGCGGUGGCACGACACCCAGUGGUGGAACGGGAAGCACUGGCAGCGGAGGCACAACCUCUAGUGGUGCCACAACUGGUACUGGAACUGCAGGUAGUGAAGGUACAACAUCGAGCGGAGCGACAGUCGGUUCGACAGGUACUGGAACAACAUCGAGUGGUGGAACUGCAGGAACUGGAACCACGGGUACAGGUGGAACAUCGGGAUCUGGAGGAACAGGAACUACUGGCACUGGAGGCACCAUGUCUAGUGGUGGAUCCACUGGAACUGGAACAACGAGUAGUGGUGGAACGGCGGGAUCUACAGGAACUGGAACCACAGGUAGUGGAGGAACAACUGGCACGGGGGGCUCCACACCAAGUGGAGGCACAUCGGGAACUGCUGGUACAGGAAGUGCAGGCACUGCUGUGUCACAAGGAGCUCCAAGCGGUGGCACGACACCCAGUGGUGGAACGGCGGGAACGGGAAGCACUGGCAGCGGAGGCACAACCUCUAGUGGUGCCACAACUGGUACUGGAACUGCAGGUAGUGAGGGUACAACAUCGAGUGGAGCGACAGCCGGUUCGACAGGUACUGGAACAACAUCGAGUGCUGGAACUGCAGGAACUGGAACCACGGGUACAGGUGGAACAUCGGGAUCUGGAGGAACAGGAACUACUGGCACUGGAGGCACCAUGUCUAGUGGUGGAUCCACUGGAACUGGAACAACGAGUAGUGGUGGAACGGCGGGAUCUACAGGAACUGGAACCACAGGUAGUGGAGGAACAACUGGCACGGGGGGCUCCACACCAAGUGGAGGCACAUCGGGAACUGCUGGUACAGGAAGUGCAGGCACUGCUGUGUCACAAGGAGCUCCAAGCGAUGGCACGACACCCAGUGGUGGAACGGGAAGCACUGGCAGCGGAGGCACAACCUCUAGUGGUGCCACAACUGGUACUGGAACUGCAGGUAGUGAAGGUACAACAUCGAGCGGAGCGACAGCCGGUUCGACAGGUACUGGAACAACAUCGAGUGGUGGAACUGCAGGAACUGGAACCACGGGUACAGGUGGAACAUCGGGAUCUGGAGGAACAGGAACUACUGGCACUGGAGGCACCAUGUCUAGUGGUGGAUCCACUGGAACUGGAACAACGAGUAGUGGUGGAACGGCGGGAUCUACAGGAACUGGAACCACAGGUAGUGGAGGAACAACUGGCACGGGGGGCUCCACACCAAGUGGAGGCACAUCGGGAACUGCUGGUACAGGAAGUGCAGGCACUGCUGUGUCACAAGGAGCUCCAAGCGGUGGCACGACACCCAGUGGUGGAACGGCGGGAACGGGAAGCACUGGCAGCGGAGGCACAACCUCUAGUGGUGCCACAACUGGUACUGGAACUGCAGGUAGUGAGGGUACAACAUCGAGUGGAGCGACAGCCGGUUCGACAGGUACUGGAACAACAUCGAGUGCUGGAACUGCAGGAACUGGAACCACGGGUACAGGUGGAACAUCGGGAUCUGGAGGAACAGGAACUACUGGCACUGGAGGCACCAUGUCUAGUGGUGGAUCCACUGGAACUGGAACAACGAGUAGUGGUGGAACGGCGGGAUCUACAGGAACUGGAACCACAGGUAGUGGAGGAACAACUGGCACGGGGGGCUCCACACCAAGUGGAGGCACAUCGGGAACUGCUGGUACAGGAAGUGCAGGCACUGCUGUGUCACAAGGAGCUCCAAGCGAUGGCACGACACCCAGUGGUGGAACGGGAAGCACUGGCAGCGGAGGCACAACCUCUAGUGGUGCCACAACUGGUACUGGAACUGCAGGUAGUGAAGGUACAACAUCGAGCGGAGCGACAGCCGGUUCGACAGGUACUGGAACAACAUCGAGUGGUGGAACUGCAGGAACUGGAACCACGGGUACAGGUGGAACAUCGGGAUCUGGAGGAACAGGAACUACUGGCACUGGAGGCACCAUGUCUAGUGGUGGAUCCACUGGAACUGGAACAACGAGUAGUGGUGGAACGGCGGGAUCUACAGGAACUGGAACCACAGGUAGUGGAGGAACAACUGGCACGGGGGGCUCCACACCAAGUGGAGGCACAUCGGGAACUGCUGGUACAGGAAGUGCAGGCACUGCUGUGUCACAAGGAGCUCCAAGCGGUGGCACGACACCCAGUGGUGGAACGGGAAGCACUUUCAGCGGAGGCACAACCUCUAGUGGUGCCACAACUGGUACUGGAACUGCAGGUAGUGAAGGUACAACAUCGAGCGGAGCGACAGCCGGUUCGACAGGUACUGGAACAACAUCGAGUGGUGGAACUGCAGGAACUGGAACCACGGGUACAGGUGGAACAUCGGGAUCUGGAGGAACAGGAACUACUGGCACUGGAGGCACCAUGUCUAGUGGUGGAUCCACUGGAACUGGAACAACGAGUAGUGGUGGAACGGCGGGAUCUACAGGAACUGGAACCACAGGUAGUGGAGGAACAACUGGCACGGGGGGCUCCACACCAAGUGGAGGCACAUCGGGAACUGCUGGUACAGGAAGUGCAGGCACUGCUGUGUCACAAGGAGCUCCAAGCGGUGGCACAACACCCAGUGGUGGAACGGGAAGCACUGGCAGCGGAGGCACAACCUCUAGUGGUGCCACAACUGGUACUGGAACUGCAGGUAGUGAAGGUACAACAUCGAGCGGAGCGACAGCCGGUUCGACAGGUACUGGAACAACAUCGAGUGGUGGAACUGCAGGAACUGGAACCACGGGUACUGGUGGAACAUCGGGAUCUGGAGGAACAGGAACUACUGGCACUGGAGGCACCAUGUCUAGUGGUGGAUCCACUGGAACUGGAACAACGAGUAGUGGUGGAACGGCGGGAUCUACAGGAACUGGAACCACAGGUAGUGGAGGAACAACUGGCGCGGGGGGCUCCACACCAAGUGGAGGCACAUCGGGAACUGCUGGUACAGGAAGUGCAGGCACUGCUGUGUCACAAGGAGCUCCAAGCGGUGGCACGACACCCAGUGGUGGAACGGGAAGCACUUUCAGCGGAGGCACAACCUCUAGUGGUGCCACAACUGGUACUGGAACUGCAGGUAGUGAAGGUACAACAUCGAGCGGAGCGACAGCCGGUUCGACAGGUACUGGAACAACAUCGAGUGGUGGAACUGCAGGAACUGGAACCACGGGUACUGGUGGAACAUCGGGAUCUGGAGGAACAGGAACUACUGGCACUGGAGGCACCAUGUCUAGUGGUGGAUCCACUGGAACUGGAACAACGAGUAGUGGUGGAACGGCGGGAUCUACAGGAACUGGAACCACAGGUAGUGGAGGAACAACUGGCGCGGGGGGCUCCACACCAAGUGGAGGCACAUCGGGAACUGCUGGUACAGGAAGUGCAGGCACUGCUGUGUCACAAGGAGCUCCAAGCGGUGGCACGACACCCAGUGGUGGAACGGGAAGCACUGGCAGCGGAGGCACAACCUCUAGUGGUGCCACAACUGGUACUGGAACUGCAGGUAGUGAAGGUACAACAUCGAGCGGAGCGACAGCCGGUUCGACAGGUACUGGAACAACAUCGAGUGGUGGAACUGCAGGAACUGGAACCACGGGUACAGGUGGAACAUCGGGAUCUGGAGGAACAGGAACUACUGGCACUGGAGGCACCAUGUCUAGUGGUGGAUCCACUGGAACUGGAACAACGAGUAGUGGUGGAACGGCGGGAUCUACAGGAACUGGAACCACAGGUAGUGGAGGAACAACUGGCACGGGGGGCUCCACACCAAGUGGAGGCACAUCGGGAACUGCUGGUACAGGAAGUGCAGGCACUGCUGUGUCACAAGGAGUUCCAAGCGGUGGCACGACACCCAGUGGUGGAACGGGAAGCACUGGCAGCGGAGGCACAACCUCUAGUGGUGCCACAACUGGUACUGGAACUGCAGGUAGUGAAGGUACAACAUCGAGCGGAGCGACAGCCGGUUCGACAGGUACUGGAACAACAUCGAGUGGUGGAACUGCAGGAACUGGAACCACGGGUACAGGUGGAACAUCGGGAUCUGGAGGAACAGGAACUACUGGCACUGGAGGCACCAUGUCUAGUGGUGGAUCCACUGGAACUAGAACAACGAGUAAUGGUGGAACGGCGGGAUCUACAGGAACUGGAACCACAGGUAGUGGAGGAACAACUGGCACGGGGGGCUCCACACCAAGUGGAGGCACAUCGGGAACUGCUGGUACAGGAAGUGCAGGCACUGCUGUGUCACAAGGAGCUCCAAGCGGUGGCACGACACCCAGUGGUGGAACGGGAAGCACUGGCAGCGGAGGCACAACCUCUAGUGGUGCCACAACUGGUACUGGAACUGCAGGUAGUGAAGGUACAACAUCGAGCGGAGCGACAGCCGGUUCGACAGGUACUGGAACAACAUCGAGUGGUGGAACUGCAGGAACUGGAACCACGGGUACAGGUGGAACAUCGGGAUCUGGAGGAACAGGAACUACUGGCACUGGAGGCACCAUGUCUAGUGGUGGAUCCACUGGAACUGGAACAACGAGUAGUGGUGGAACGGCGGGAUCUACAGGAACUGGAACCACAGGUAGUGGAGGAACAACUGGCACGGGGGGCUCCACACCAAGUGGAGGCACAUCGGGAACUGCUGGUACAGGAAGUGCAGGCACUGCUGUGUCACAAGGAGCUCCAAGCGGUGGCACAACACCCAGUGGUGGAACGGGAAGCACUGGCAGCGGAGGCACAACCUCUAGUGGUGCCACAACUGGUACUGGAACUGCAGGUAGUGAAGGUACAACAUCGAGCGGAGCGACAGCCGGUUCGACAGGUACUGGAACAACAUCGAGUGGUGGAACUGCAGGAACUGGAACCACGGGUACAGGUGGAACAUCGGGAUCUGGAGGAACAGGAACUACUGGCACUGGAGGCACCAUGUCUAGUGGUGGAUCCACUGGAACUGGAACAACGAGUAGUGGUGGAACGGCGGGAUCUACAGGAACUGGAACCACAGGGGGCUCCACACCAAGUGGAGGCACAUCGGGAACUGCUGGUACAGGAAGUGCAGGCACUGCUGUGUCACAAGGAGCUCCAAGCGGUGGCACAACACCCAGUGGUGGAACGGGAAGCACUGGCAGCGGAGGCACAACCUCUAGUGGUGCCACAACUGGUACUGGAACUGCAGGUAGUGAAGGUACAACAUCGAGCGGAGCGACAGCCGGUUCGACAGGUACUGGAACAACAUCGGGUGGUGGAACUGCAGGAACUGGAACCACGGGUACAGGUGGAACAUCGGGAUCUGGAGGAACAGGAACUACUGGCACUGGAGGCACCAUGUCUAGUGGUGGAUCCACUGGAACUGGAACAACGAGUAGUGGUGGAACGGCGGGAUCUACAGGAACUGGAACCACAGGUAGUGGAGGAACAACUGGCACGGGGGGCUCCACACCAAGUGGAGGCACAUCGGGAACUGCUGGUACAGGAAGUGCAGGCACUGCUGUGUCACAAGGAGCUCCAAGCGGUGGCACGACACCCAGUGGUGGAACGGGAAGCACUGGCAGCGGAGGCACAACCUCUAGUGGUGCCACAACUGGUACUGGAACUGCAGGUAGUGAAGGUACAACAUCGAGCGGAGCGACAGCCGGUUCGACAGGUACUGGAACAACAUCGAGUGGUGGAACUGCAGGAACUGGAACCACGGGUACAGGUGGAACAUCGGGAUCUGGAGGAACAGGAACUACUGGCACUGGAGGCACCAUGUCUAGUGGUGGAUCCACUGGAACUGGAACAACGAGUAGUGGUGGAACGGCGGGAUCUACAGGAACUGGAACCACAGGUAGUGGAGGAACAACUGGCACGGGGGGCUCCACACCAAGUGGAGGCACAUCGGGAACUGCUGGUACAGGAAGUGCAGGCACUGCUGUGUCACAAGGAGCUCCAAGCGGUGGCACAACACCCAGUGGUGGAACGGGAAGCACUGGCAGCGGAGGCACAACCUCUAGUGGUGCCACAACUGGUACUGGAACUGCAGGUAGUGAAGGUACAACAUCGAGCGGAGCGACAGCCGGUUCGACAGGUACUGGAACAACAUCGAGUGGUGGAACUGCAGGAACUGGAACCACGGGUACAGGUGGAACAUCGGGAUCUGGAGGAACAGGAACUACUGGCACUGGAGGCACCAUGUCUAGUGGUGGAUUCACUGGAACUGGAACAACGAGUAGUGGUGGAACGGCGGGAUCUACAGGAACUGGAACCACAGGUAGUGGAGGAACAACUGGCACGGGGGGCUCCACACCAAGUGGAGGCACAUCGGGAACUGCUGGUACAGGAAGUGCAGGCACUGCUGUGUCACAAGGAGCUCCAAGCGGUGGCACGACACCCAGUGGUGGAACGGGAAGCACUGGCAGCGGAGGCACAACCUCUAGUGGUGCCACAACUGGUACUGGAACUGCAGGUAGUGAAGGUACAACAUCGAGCGGAGCGACAGCCGGUUCGACAGGUACUGGAACAACAUCGAGUGGUGGAACUGCAGGAACUGGAACCACGGGUACAGGUGGAACAUCGGGAUCUGGAGGAACAGGAACUACUGGCACUGGAGGCACCAUGUCUAGUGGUGGAUCCACUGGAACUGGAACAACGAGUAGUGGUGGAACGGCGGGAUCUACAGGAACUGGAACCACAGGUAGUGGAGGAACAACUGGCACGGGGGGCUCCACACCAAGUGGAGGCACAUCGGGAACUGCUGGUACAGGAAGUGCAGGCACUGCUGUGUCACAAGGAGCUCCAAGCGGUGGCACAACACCCAGUGGUGGAACGGGAAGCACUGGCAGCGGAGGCACAACCUCUAGUGGUGCCACAACUGGUACUGGAACUGCAGGUAGUGAAGGUACAACAUCGAGCGGAGCGACAGCCGGUUCGACAGGUACUGGAACAACAUCGAGUGGUGGAACUGCAGGAACUGGAACCACGGGUACAGGUGGAACAUCGGGAUCUGGAGGAACAGGAACUACUGGCACUGGAGGCACCAUGUCUAGUGGUGGAUUCACUGGAACUGGAACAACGAGUAGUGGUGGAACGGCGGGAUCUACAGGAACUGGAACCACAGGUAGUGGAGGAACAACUGGCACGGGGGGCUCCACACCAAGUGGAGGCACAUCGGGAACUGCUGGUACAGGAAGUGCAGGCACUGCUGUGUCACAAGGAGCUCCAAGCGGUGGCACAACACCCAGUGGUGGAACGGGAAGCACUGGCAGCGGAGGCACAACCUCUAGUGGUGCCACAACUGGUACUGGAACUGCAGGUAGUGAAGGUACAACAUCGAGCGGAGCGACAGCCGGUUCGACAGGUACUGGAACAACAUCGAGUGGUGGAACUGCAGGAACUGGAACCACGGGUACAGGUGGAACAUCGGGAUCUGGAGGAACAGGAACUACUGGCACUGGAGGCACCAUGUCUAGUGGUGGAUUCACUGGAACUGGAACAACGAGUAGUGGUGGAACGGCGGGAUCUACAGGAACUGGAACCACAGGUAGUGGAGGAACAACUGGCACGGGGGGCUCCACACCAAGUGGAGGCACAUCGGGAACUGCUGGUACAGGAAGUGCAGGCACUGCUGUGUCACAAGGAGCUCCAAGCGGUGGCACGACACCCAGUGGUGGAACGGGAAGCACUGGCAGCGGAGGCACAACCUCUAGUGGUGCCACAACUGGUACUGGAACUGCAGGUAGUGAAGGUACAACAUCGAGCGGAGCGACAGCCGGUUCGACAGGUACUGGAACAACAUCGAGUGGUGGAACUACAGGAACUGGAACCACGGGUACAGGUGGAACAUCGGGAUCUGGAGGAACAGGAACUACUGGCACUGGAGGCACCAUGUCUAGUGGUGGAUCCACUGGAACUGGAACAACGAGUAGUGGUGGAACGGCGGGAUCUACAGGAACUGGAACCACAGGUAGUGGAGGAACAACUGGCACGGGGGGCUCCACACCAAGUGGAGGCACAUCGGGAACUGCUGGUACAGGAAGUGCAGGCACUGCUGUGUCACAAGGAGCUCCAAGCGGUGGCACAACACCCAGUGGUGGAACGGGAAGCACUGGCAGCGGAGGCACAACCUCUAGUGGUGCCACAACUGGUACUGGAACUGCAGGUAGUGAAGGUACAACAUCGAGCGGAGCGACAGCCGGUUCGACAGGUACUGGAACAACAUCGAGCGGAGCGACAGCCGGUUCGACAGGUACUGGAACAACAUCGAGUGGUGGAACUGCAGGAACUGGAACCACGGGUACAGGUGGAACAUCGGGAUCUGGAGGAACAGGAACUACUGGCACUGGAGGCACCAUGUCUAGUGGUGGAUUCACUGGAACUGGAACAACGAGUAGUGGUGGAACGGCGGGAUCUACAGGAACUGGAACCACAGGUAGUGGAGGAACAACUGGCACGGGGGGCUCCACACCAAGUGGAGGCACAUCGGGAACUGCUGGUACAGGAAGUGCAGGCACUGCUGUGUCACAAGGAGCUCCAAGCGGUGGCACGACACCCAGUGGUGGAACGGGAAGCACUGGCAGCGGAGGCACAACCUCUAGUGGUGCCACAACUGGUACUGGAACUGCAGGUAGUGAAGGUACAACAUCGAGCGGAGCGACAGCCGGUUCGACAGGUACUGGAACAACAUCGAGUGGUGGAACUGCAGGAACUGGAACCACGGGUACAGGUGGAACAUCGGGAUCUGGAGGAACAGGAACUACUGGCACUGGAGGCACCAUGUCUAGUGGUGGAUCCACUGGAACUGGAACAACGAGUAGUGGUGGAACGGCGGGAUCUACAGGAACUGGAACCACAGGUAGUGGAGGAACAACUGGCACGGGGGGCUCCACACCAAGUGGAGGCACAUCGGGAACUGCUGGUACAGGAAGUGCAGGCACUGCUGUGUCACAAGGAGCUCCAAGCGGUGGCACGACACCCAGUGGUGGAACGGGAAGCACUGGCAGCGGAGGCACAACCUCUAAUGGUGCCACAACUGGUACUGGAACUGCAGGUAGUGAAGGUACAACAUCGAGCGGAGCGACAGCCGGUUCGACAGGUACUGGAACAACAUCGAGUGGUGGAACUGCAGGAACUGGAACCACGGGUACAGGUGGAACAUCGGGAUCUGGAGGAACAGGAACUACUGGCACUGGAGGCACCAUGUCUAGUGGUGGAUCCACUGGAACUGGAACAACGAGUAGUGGUGGAACGGCGGGAUCUACAGGAACUGGAACCACAGGUAGUGGAGGAACAACUGGCACGGGGGGCUCCACACCAAGUGGAGGCACAUCGGGAACUGCUGGUACAGGAAGUGCAGGCACUGCUGUGUCACAAGGAGCUCCAAGCGGUGGCACGACACCCAGUGGUGGAACGGGAAGCACUGGCAGCGGAGGCACAACCUCUAAUGGUGCCACAACUGGUACUGGAACUGCAGGUAGUGAAGGUACAACAUCGAGCGGAGCGACAGCCGGUUCGACAGGUACUGGAACAACAUCGAGUGGUGGAACUGCAGGAACUGGAACCACGGGUACAGGUGGAACAUCGGGAUCUGGAGGAACAGGAACUACUGGCACUGGAGGCACCAUGUCUAGUGGUGGAUCCACUGGAACUGGAACAACGAGUAGUGGUGGAACGGCGGGAUCUACAGGAACUGGAACCACAGGUAGUGGAGGAACAACUGGCACGGGGGGCUCCACACCAAGUGGAGGCACAUCGGGAACUGCUGGUACAGGAAGUGCAGGCACUGCUGUGUCACAAGGAGCUCCAAGCGGUGGCACGACACCCAGUGGUGGAACGGGAAGCACUGGCAGCGGAGGCACAACCUCUAGUGGUGCCACAACUGCUACUGGAACUGCAGGUAGUGAAGGUACAACAUCGAGCGGAGCGACAGCCGGUUCGACAGGUACUGGAACAACAUCGAGUGGUGGAACUGCAGGAACUGGAACCACGGGUACAGGUGGAACAUCGGGAUCUGGAGGAACAGGAACUACUGGCACUGGAGGCACCAUGUCUAGUGGUGGAUCCACUGGAACUGGAACAACGAGUAGUGGUGGCACGGCGGGAUCUACAGGAACUGGAACCACAGGUAGUGGAGGAACAACUGGCACGGGGGGCUCCACACCAAGUGGAGGCACAUCGGGAACUGCUGGUACAGGAAGUGCAGGCACUGCUGUGUCACAAGGAGCUCCAAGCGGUGGCACGACACCCAGUGGUGGAACGGGAAGCACUGGCAGCGGAGGCACAACCUCUAGUGGUGCCACAACUGGUACUGGAACUGCAGGUAGUGAAGGUACAACAUCGAGCGGAGCGACAGCCGGUUCGACAGGUACUGGAACAACAUCGAGUGGUGGAACUGCAGGAACUGGAACCACGGGUACAGGUGGAACAUCGGGAUCUGGAGGAACAGGAACUACUGGCACUGGAGGCACCAUGUCUAGUGGUGGAUCCACUGGAACUGGAACAACGAGUAGUGGUGGAACGGCGGGAUCUACAGGAACUGGAACCACAGGUAGUGGAGGAACAACUGGCACGGGUAUGUAA